AUGGCCCUUGCCAACGCUCAGGGUGUCAUUGUCAGCGCCAAAGGAGACAAGGGAACCAGUACCGGUCUGUUGGUGGACCAGUCCGGCAACGAUGCCAACAUCAUCAAGCAACAAGAAAUUGUGGAUAAUGUGGUCAAUGAGUGCGGCCGUACGCUGCUCGCUGGCAACAUCGACAUUGGCGAGAACACCGAGAAUGCGUUGGCAACUGGCGAUGUCACUACGACCACCAGUGGAGGCGACAUCGAGGUCAAGAUCAACCAGGGCGGCGACCAGGGUGCUGGUCCUUACACCUGUGACUUGGACCCCACUGGUAACGCCAACGGUGCCAGUGGACAGACCAACCUCACCGUCACCGAGGGCAAGACCAAGAACGGCAUCAUGACUUUGACUGUCACCAUGCCUGAUGACCUCUCAUGUAUCGGAGCUUCCACUGGAGACGUCUGCACCGUCCGCUGCCGCAACGCAGCCGAGUUCGGCGGCUGCUUCGCUGUCCAGCAGACCGACACCACCCCCAGCGAGAACACCCCCGCCAACAUCGCCACUGCCCAGACUCCCGAGGGCAUUGACGCCCAGGUCCUGCAAAACAUUGCUGACUUCCCUGCUGCCGCCGAGGGUAUCGCCAACGCCAGCAGUGAUCCUGCCGAUCAGGGUGUUUCUGUCAUUGAGGCCAUUGAGGGUGACGAUGCUGAUGUGGACACUGGCGACGACGAUGCUACUGCUGAUGAUGAUGCCGCCGCUGACGAUGACGCCGAUGCUGACGCCAACGACGAUGCCACUGCUGAUGAUGAUGCCACCGCUGACGAUGACACUGACACUGACAACGGAAACACCAACACUGGCAACGGAAACAACAACAAUAAUAAUGGAAACGGCAACAACAACAACAACAACAACGCUGCCACCGGCAAUGGAAACGGAAACAACGGCGGUGGCAAUGGAGGCAACGGCCGUGGAAACGGUGGCAACCGAGGCGGCCGCGGAAACAACAAGCGCUCCGGUGCCCUAAGGUGGGCCAGACGCGAUCUUGUCUCCGCUUCUCAGUAA